AAGAUUCAGAUAUUGAAUGAUAUACGGCCGCUAUUUAUUCCUAAAUACGCUUUCAGCCAUCCAAAAGCAUCGGCCGCUACGGCAACGACAAGUGCACAGCACUAAUCAAAUUAGCAGACACAAACCCCCGGAUCUGCUCGUGCACAAGAUAACGAAAAUUAAUUCUCCUAGUCGCGUACCGGAACGAGCAUAUAAGCAACCGACGAAGUUUCAUUCUACGUGGUCCAAUUGGGCAUCAACUUUGUAGUCAUGAAUAUACGAUUCCUUUUCGUCCUCUUAAAUACCGCAGCGAAACGGCAACACUAAUUCUCAUAUCAAUCAACAAAUCAUUUCUUACCCAACUCAAUCCUUCUCAUUCUCUUCUUCCCCCACAGACUCUAACAAUGAUAAAGGGCAAAAACUACACCAUCAAGCUCUGCUGCAUAUCCGCUACGGUUAUAGCCGUCAUCACUACAAUAGUUUUAGUGACGCUUGCGUUCACCGUGUUCAAGCGACACGACCCGGAUCUCGUCCUCUACCCGACGGGGCUCGCCAAGCUCCAACUUGACGACUUCAUCACUCAGGACACCAUCACAAGCGAAAUGGUGAUGAGCAUUCGCAACAGGAACCACGGCAGCUUCAAGUUCGAGAACACGACGAGCCACAUAACCUACGACGGGGAGCUCGUGGGAUGGGUCCCGAUCCUGGCCGACACCAUCCCCGAACAAUCGUCCAUGAACAUCACGGCAUACGCGACUCUGCGGGCUAAGAAGCUGAGGGAGAACCCCAAGGCGAUCAACGAUAUCGUUAGCGGCAGUCUGAACCUUACCGCGACGGCAACCAUGCGCGGGAAGAUGUCGAUAAUGGGGAUCAAGAAGAAAGGCUCGGUCUAUACGGAGUGUCACAUGACCAUGUAUAUUAGCGAGAUCCCUAUCCGUGGGGAUUCCUGGUGCUGGACUAAACUUGAGAUAUAACUAAUUAAAUUGUUGAAUUCGUUGGAAAUGUAUAUUUAUGUGUAAUUGCGCCGAUUAAGAUAUUUGUUUUCUAUGAAGAAUAAACUGUUUGAAAAUUA